AUGGUCCACAGAGUUCUGACCUGGCUUUUGUUUCUCCUCAGUUUGCUAUUCACCAUUGACUUGGUGCUGAGCUUCACAAAGAACAUUUACACCUCAGACGAGAGUUUUUUAAGGAUUAGCAGAAGUAUAAACCAUCCAGAUGAGAGCGAUAACAGCAGUCUUACCUCCUUGAGUCGCUCCAAGCGUGUGGCCAUCUACAAUGGCCAGGGCGUUGUCAAGUUAGUACCUAGCCUGGCGUAUCCUGUGAAGCAGACCGACAAGGAGCAGUCCUUUUGGUGGUUCUUCAACUUGCAAGGCCAGUGGAUACCCACCACCAUUCCCCUCUACUGGUGGAGCUUUUGGAACACCACCGCUUUUGUGUCUACUGCUCGCGAGUGGCGCAAGGACAUGCAGGCAAAAGUCCUGCACGACGAGGCGCGCACAUGGGUCUACAAUGCCAUCGAAGUAGGCAUGGAGCAACUAGAUGGUGCUUACGGCGGAGUUUGCCUGCUCAGAAGCAUAUGCGAAAUCUCGCAGAAACCCUUUCAGAACAGCAACAUCUUCAGUGAGAUCGUAAACGCAGUACUGGUACCCACCCUGGACAAUGUGGCCAGUAAGUAUUUACAUGCCCGUGACGCAGGACGUGGAGGUGCCGACUGCGAGCGAACCUAUAGUGACUGCAAUCCGCUGCUCUGGAGCCUCGUGACAAAUAUGGCCAAGAAUCCGUUUCAGUGA